AUGAACCUAUCGGAUCGGAGCGUCGAUUCAAAAACAAGAAAUGUCACCGUGGUGUUAACCUUGAAAAUCGCCAAGGGUGGAUCACACUUAUUAUUAUUAUCAAUUUAUUACGGUAUUAUUAUUAUUAUUAUUAUUAUUAUUAUUAUUAUUAUUAUUAUUGUUAUAUUAUUGUUGUUAUUAUUAUUAUUAUUAUUAUUAUUAUUAUUAUUAUUAUUAUUAUUAUUAUUAUUAUUAUUAUUAUUAUUAUUAUUAUUAUUAUUAUUAUUAUUAUUAUUAUUAUUAUUAUUAUUAUUAUUAUUAUUAUUAUUAUUAUUAUUAUUAUUAUUAUUAUUAUUAUUAUUAUUAUUAUUAUUAUUAUUAUUAUUAUUAUUAUUAUUAUUAUUAUUAUUAUUAUUAUUAUUAUUAUUAUUAUUAUUAUUAUUAUUAUUAUUAUUAUUAUUAUUAUUAUUAUUAUUAUUAUUAUUAUUAUUAUUAUUAUUAUUAUUAUUAUUAUUAUUAUUAUUAUUAUUAUUAUUAUUAUUAUUAUUAUUAUUAUUAUUAUUAUUAUUAUUAUUAUUAUUAUUAUUAUUAUUAUUAUUAUUAUUAUUAUUAUUAUUAUUAUUAUUAUUAUUAUUAUUAUUAUUAUUAUUAUUAUUAUUAUUAUUAUUAUUAUUAUUAUUAUUAUUAUUAUUAUUAUUAUUACUAGUAACCUGUUAUACUUUAUUAAAACAAAGAAUUUCACAACAGGUCGUCACAGAAUUUUGA